AUGGCGUUUAAAAUCAAGAGGACGAGAUACGAGCGCAAGGUUGUAUGCUAUUGGUGUCAUAAAAAGGGGCACCUCAAAAGGGACUUUGAAGAUCAAAAACGAUACGAAGAAGAAAAGAAGACAUGGGAUGGUGUCAAUGUAUCGGAGCAUGCCACAUGGCAUGGUAAUGAUGAGGUCCUUGUAACGGCGAUCAACUUACAUCAAAAAAUCAAUCAAAGAAAUGUGCAGUGCCGAUACUGCAAGAAGUAUAGCCAUAUGAAAAGGAAGUGUCGAAAAUUGAGGAGAAAGAACAUGAAUACUCUUGGUAGUCCAAACGAUGAUGGAUGGGUUUUGGACUCUGGGAGUUCAGUUCAUGUUUGUUUUAAAAAAGAAAUUUUCCAUUAUUUCAAAGAAUUUCGCAGUACGGUAUCACUUGGUGAUGGGUCUUCAUACGAUGUCAGAGGGAUUGGAUCUAUGAAGCUGAAGACGCCUGUUGGAGUGAUCCGUAUUUUGGAUGACGUAAACUUCAUUCCAAAGAUGCAAAGAAAUUUGAUCUCCCUUAGUUGGUUGGAUUUUAAGGGUUGCCAAAUCUCUGUCACAGAUGAAGCUAUGGAGGUGACCUGA